CGGUAAGAGGUCGCGUACUUCUUAACGUUCAUGGAUCCUUUUCCGGUAGGGUGACAAAAUGACUGGCUUCAGUAAUAAGCCAAUAUUAAUCGAUGGCCGUGGCCAUUUACUUGGUCGUUUGGCUGCUAUUAUUGCCAAAACGAUCCUACAAGGUAAUAAAGUAAUUGUUGUUCGUAGUGAACAACUUAACAUUUCUGGCAAUUUCUUCAGAAACAAGUUGAAAUUUAUGUCAUUUUUACGCAAAAGAUGUAAUGUAAAUCCAGCUCGUGGACCUUUUCAUUUUCGUGCUCCGAGUAAAAUACUUUGGAAAACAGUUCGUGGAAUGAUCCCACACAAGACACAAAGAGGAAAGGAUGCUCUCAGGAGGUUGAAGGUUUAUGAAGGUUGUCCACCACCAUAUGAUCGCAGGAAACGUGUCGUUGUCCCAGGUGCCAUGAGAGUUAUGUGUCUUAAACCUGGUAGGAAGUACUGUCAUGUAGGUAGAUUAUCUCAUGAAGUUGGAUGGAAAUAUAAGGCUGUGGUACGUACAUUGGAAAACAAGAGACGUGUCAGAUCGAUUUUGGAAGUUCAAAAGAGAGAUAAGCUUAAGAAACUCACCAAACAAGCUGGACAAACAGUGGCAAAGGCUACUGCUCCAUACACAGCUAUUAUUAAUAAUUUUGGAUACAAUUAAUAUAAAAAUUGUAAAAAUAAUA